GCAGAUCAACGGUCACAAGACCUUCUUCCUCCCCCAGUCAGCACAGGCGGCGGCGCCAAAACUCCCACGGCGGCGACCGAUGAGCCCCACCAGACCAGCCUCCUGGAGCGCGAUACUUUAUCCCAGAAGUCUCUACCCGAAAAAGAGGCUAUGGUGAACUUGAGAUCACUGGUCUUACCGUACAUGGCGGGGCAGUGGAGCUGCCCACGGCGUGGAGCUACCGGCGGCGACAGUCUCACGACGAUGAGCAUCUCAGGGCACACCCAGGUCCAAUCCUUCCUCCCGAAGCUAUGAGUACAUUCCCGGGGACCCGAUGAAGCCCACAGAUCCGUCUGCGCGCGCAGAAGGAACACCAAGCAGUGAUCCCCCAAUCUCUUCUCUCUCUUCUUCGUUACGCGCUCUCAGGGGAAGCAGCAGUUUGGUUCCGGCCGGAUCGACGAGGUUGUUGCGGUGAAUCGGGAUCUCAGCGCGCAAUACGGUAUUCUGUUGCGUUUCUCCGGUGUUCGGUUCAAGGAAGAUGACGACCCUGCCAAGGUGGCCCACCAGCAGCAGCGGGACAACGACGCGAGUGAGCUGGUUUCCAAGCCAUGAUGGGCGCCCUUCGAUCAGGUCCCACCGUGUCAGCCGCACAGGAAAAAAAAUACAAGGCGAGCUGAUGGGCCACUAGGAGGUAUUUGGCCCAUCCGGCUGAUGAAGGGGAAAAUGAGGGGACGCGGCCCAGUGCCAGAACUACUCCCUUUUCUUUUAUAAUUUCCUAGUUUUUUUACCUUUUCCUUAUUUUAAAUUUUCAAAUUUCAUCUUUGAGUUUGAAUAGUUUUCAACCCUUAAUAUUUCAAGUCUUCCAGUUAAGUGCACAACUCAAGAAAAUCCAGCAUGAUGCAUAAUCUAAUAUAUCGAUUAGCAUGUAAAAAGGAGUAUAUAUGCCUUACAAGUAAUGCAUGGGCUAGCAUAAAUCUUAAUUUUGUUUCCCACAUAACUUAUUAAUAUAAUAUCAUUAUGCAUAUACUUAUAGUUAAGUUUUAGGGGUCUACAAUAACCCUCAAUACUAUUGAUGUAAAAUGGCCGUUCACACUCCAGAGAAGGCAAUUCCCAGUACGAGUAUGCUACGCAAUGACAAUUAAUAAGAGCCAAGGACAAACCCUAUCCAGGGUUGGGCUUUACCUCAAGAAACCGGUCUUCACUCAUGGACAACUUUAUGUGGCCGUAUCUAGGACUACAUCCAGAGGUGGCCUUAGAAUCCUGAUUGAGAAUGAGGACGGUUCGUGCGGGGUACAGACUUGAAAUGUGGUGUACCACGAAGUCCUCACUGUCGCUGAAGCGGCUGCCAUACUAGCCACCUAAUUUUUCAUCCAUCUUUUGUGUUGUACAUAGCAAUGAUAUGUAAAUACUCUAGCGCUGCUGCUACUCAGACGAUUGUGUCUCUUUUCAUGCUUGUUAUCUUCGUUUUUUCUUGCUGCGUGUACAUUAUCUUUUGCUUUGAGGUAAAAUUGUUCUACUGAUGUGCAAUACGUAUACUAGCCUUAUCUAUUUCCCUGCUGCUGUAUUCUCUAAUGUUUAUGCCAUUUUUGGGUCAACACUGCAGAUGGGAGACGUGUUGAUUCUAAGCCUGCAGUGUGGGAACCUGUCUGUGACGAUAUGCGUCCGUGUUUCUCGGUUUUGGGACUUUUCUGAUCCUCAGGAUGCUGCAAGGCUGCUACACUGUGAUAUGGUGUUGCUCGAUGAAGAGGGAAAUAGCAUACAUGCUACGAUAUACCCACCCUUCAUAGAGAAAUUCAGGCCACUCAUAAAAGAAGGCAGCGUGUACAACAUGACAUACUUUCGAGUUCGAGCGUCGAACAACUUGUAUAAGCCAGUUCCAAAUGAUAUCAUGAUUACCUUCACGAAUUGGACAAAGUUAGAGCAGGUUAUUGAGAUUCCUCCUGCAUUUCCUACACUUACCUACUCCCUCACUCACAUAGAGCAGAUCCAUUCACGCAUCGACCAUAAAGACUACUAUACAGAUGCCAUUGGGAUAGUUAAUUCAGUCUCGGAUGUUUCGCCACAUCGCUCCAAAGGACAACAAGCUUCUAGCUUGAAGAGGAACAUUUCCAUAUGCAGUGCAAGAGGUGCUUCGGUCAAUGUCGUGUUGUGGGGUGCCCAAGCCACCCUAUUCCCAGGAGAGCGCAUAUACGAAGAUGGGCAGAAUUCCCCACAGAUUGUGCUAUUUGUUGGCACACUCGUCAAAAAAUAUGCAGAUGUGCUUUGUCUGACUGGAAGCUCACCAUGUAAGUGGUACAUCAAUCCAUCCAUUCCUGAGGUAGAAACCCUUACGUCCAGCGCACGCGGUGAUCAUAAACCAGUGAAGUGGAAUGCAACUGUUACUUCGAGCCAGCUUAUAUCUCCUGUUGCUGAGGAGCAAAAGGUGUCGUACAUCAAGUAUCUCCAUCCCUUUGAAAACAAGGGAAAGGAAUUCUUGGUUACAGUCACUAUAAGGAAAAUUGACAGCAAGUGGUGGUAUAACUCGUGCCGAAAAUGCGCCUGCACAGCUGUCACUCACGGAGACUCUUACAAAUGCACAAACCAUGAUUGUGCUAACAUUGUUAUGCCCGUCCAAAGGUAUAAAAUACUUGUCACUGCAGGAGACGAGACAGCUGAUACAGACUUCAUUCUCUUUGGGCACAUGGCUCAAAGAAUUGUCAAAAGGCCUUGCGAUAUGCUCAUAGCGAACACUCCAUCAGGCUUUAUUCCAGACGCAAUCACAAAGCUGCUUGAAAGGACGUUCAUUUGGAACGUUAGCUUCUCUGGGCACACAAUUAACUCUGGAAACGUCUGCUUCCAGGUCAAUGCUACUGUAAAGGAACUAGGCAAUCAAAAUGUUGACAUUUCAACAUCAACCAUAGGGACACACCAGUCUUCGCUUAUGUUCUCACAAGGUGCAAGCAGCAGCAUGGAAGACACUCCUCACAAGACAGACACCUUGCCUUCACCUCUGACACCUUUGACGCCCCAGGGUAGCGUCGCCACUACAAAGUAUUUGGAAACCGUUGACGCUGGAGAUGCUGAGCGUGUGACUACUCAGUCCUCGACAACUAGGAAGAGAUCAUGCUCUUUGCCUGGCAAAUCAAUAGCAAAAAAACUAUUCAUUGCUGACGAUGAGGAAGGAAGCAUCAGUCAGUCCAGUGGAGGUGGUGUUGGUGGAUCCAGUGAUGACAAAGAUAAUUAGGUGCUGGUGUAGGAAUGUGGAACUUUUGCCUUCACAGUUGCAGCCAUGUGUAAUUCAGGGUUAUCAUCUAUUUCUACUUUUCUCAAGUUAUUGUAUAUGUUAGUUGGAUGGGGGAGAUGUGGUACAUACUUUUGUCCGCAACAUCGCUAACGGUUUGCCUACACAAAUCUACCAAGGUUAACUUUGAUCAGGAUGCUACGUCUAUCACACUUUUGAUAUGCUGACGGCCAACGUGAAUCCAUCUCACUUACAAUCGUGCUUGUUACCUUUCCUCCCCUGAUGUUCAUCCUCAGUGACUUGUACUAUGUAGUGGCAGAAGAAAAACCUACUCUUUUGUAUAUAUCAACUGCUUGUUGUUAAACCUUUUGCUACAUUGCACGGCUGCAAAUUGUGCUCUACUUAUUUGUGUGGCUAAAGUCUUUUGGCAACCCACAAAUGCAUUUUAUUCCAUGACUCAC